AUGAUCAGUCAAAUAUACUGUGUUUCAGGAAUCAGUGGAGUGGAUGAGACUCAUGUGUUCAACAGUUCUGGUGAAAAUGUCCGUCUGUCCUGUAAUAAUGCUCUUCCUGACUGUAAAUCAACUACAUGGACCUACAGUAACAGAUCCACACAUUCAGCAGUUGAACUGAUUAAUGGAGGGAUAAAGAAGAAAGACACAGAGAGACAUGAGAGACUGAGUCUGGGGUCUGACUGCUCUCUGAACAUCAACAAAGUCAAAAAAAAAAAAGAUUAUGGAUUUUACAGCUGCCAACAAUAUGUGAAUGGACAAAAACAAGGAACUGAUGCUUAUGUUUAUCUGCAUGUUCUUCAUGUUUCAGUGUCUCCAUCAUCAUCAUCAUCAUCAUCCUCACAGACUGAGAUCAGUCCAGGUCGCUCUGUGACUCUCUCCUGUCAGUUGUAUUCAUAUGAUGGAUUCUCCUGUGAUUAUUGGGUCCGUUCUGAGGGACUUCAUCUGUUGUGGGUGAAUCAGGCUGGUGUUGAUCUGAAGACAGACUCCAGAUAUCAGAUAUCAUCAGAUCACUGUAUCAUCACUCUGACUACAACACUCCUGAAUGAAGAUGACAACAGAGAGUGGAGAUGUCAGCUUACUCUCAGAAAUCAACUCCAGACCUCAGUCAGAUACACUGUCAAGUAUUCAGUCAGCAGCUCAAACUCUGAGAAGAAAUCAAGCCAAACUACAGCAGCAGCUCCUACACAAGUUGUACCAUCAACUACAGCAUCAACACUGACUCCAACCUCUCUAGUUGUACCAUCAACUACAGCAUCAACACCGACUCCAACCUCUCUAGCAUCAACUACAAUAACAGCACUGAUUCCAGAUGUCACAUCAAACUCUCUGGAUCCAGCAACUACAUCAACAACACAGAUUCCAGCCUCUCCAGUUGUACCAUCAACUACAGCAUCAACACUGACUCCAACCUCUCUAGUGAUUGUGAUUGUUGUCGCUUCAUUCGCUGUUCUCCUUCCUGCUCUUAUUCUCUGGAUGAUUCGCAGAAAAAGAGACGAUAACAGAAGAGGAACUGAUGACUCUGAGGAUCAACAAACACGACCUGUCUAUCCAACAGGACAGAACACUCUUCCUCAACAGGAGCAGACAGAUGAUCAUGUGACUUAUUCUGAGGUCACUGCGUACAGUAAAAACCAAGACCAAAAGAAGAAGGUUCGCUGUGAUGAUAAAGUGACUUAUGCUUCCAUCAGAGGAGCAAAAGCUGGAUCUCAGGAAAACUGCAGUGAACUUUAUGCCUCUGUGAACAAGAACCAUCACAAAUCAGUCAAAUAAUGACACAAAAACCACAUGAGCAGAAGAAUAUGAAUCUAAUAGAACUUUUUUAAUUGGGUAUGCUGUCAUGUCAAAACUGUGGCCGGUGCAUGCAUAGCUAUACUGUAAUUGGAUUUGUUUAUUAUAAGCUGAACGUACGCGUUCACUCUAUAGUGUUAGAUAAUCAGUUGCUCACUCUCUUGACACACAGUAAGAAGUAUUUCUAAUAUGUUGGAUAUUAUAUUGAAAGUAGCCUAUAUUUACCUGUUGAGACAUGCCUUCAUCAUCACCUGUAAGAGCUGGAAUUGUGUUGUUUGUGUCAGACGCGACACGCAAAGAGUCGUUUUGCAAAAUAUGCUGUAUUUUUUAUUCCUCUAGGAGUGCAGCACAAACUGCAUAGCCUAUGUCACCUUUGAACACGGCACUUUUUUUGAAAAUAGGCUAAUUUUCCAACUCCCCUAGAGUUAAACAGUUGAGUUUUACCGUUUUCGAAUCCAUUCAGCCGAUCUCCGGGUCUGGCGGUAUCACUUUUAGCAUAGCUUAGCAUAGUUCAUUGAAUCUGAUUAGACCGUUAGCAUCUCGCAGCUUGCACUAAUUAUGAGAACAGCCAAAGCUAAAUGAUGAUGUAAGCAUUUAUCACAUGACAGGAAUAAUAAUUUAGUGUUUGAACCGCUUGAUCAGCUGCUUUCAGCAAUGCUUGUAAUAUUAUAUUUUAUUUGUCAAUAAUAAAAAAUGUCAAACAUG